AUGAGCGAGGCGAGCCGGGUGUGCUCGGGCUACUACAGCCUCAACCACAGCUUCGUGGAACCCUUCCAGUGCCCCCGGCGCGGGGAGGGAGCCACACUUCUCUACUGCUGCGGCUUCGCCGACCUCAAGUACUGCUGCGGCGAGCCGGGUAGCUACUUCCCUUACAAGCACAGCUACAUGUGGAGCCUCAGCGUUGGUGCCCUGAUUGGACUGGGAAUUGCUGCCCUUGUUUUACUUGCAUUUGUCAUCAGCGUCUGUGUCCUUUGCUAUUUAUUUCUAUAUACAAAACCUCAAAGAUUAGACAAUGGCCUUAAACUUCAACAACUUGAGACUUCUUCCACUCAAGAGGGCAACUCAAAUAGAAAAAUCAAAGCUUCAAAUUCAAAUGUAGCAUCAAAUUCAACAAAUGAAACAUCCUAUGAAGCUGAUGAUAUAAUUCGAAAAACAAUGGACACAGCACAAGUCAACAUUGCUUAUUAA